UAUACAUGUUUUGCAGAUGGAUUAAAGCCAUGAUCUGUUGAUGGGUUCACAUUAGAGGCUUUGGCACCUGCUCUCCAGGAGAUUAGACUGAGAUUAAAGGCUCAAUAUGAGCAGAAUAGAAUAAAAUAAAGUGAUCGUGCCUUAUUUUGUCUUUGUGGGAGCCUUAACGUCUUGUGCCCUGAGCCCUUCCUUCGUCAGGUGCUUUGGUUAAUGAUUGACAGGUUCACAGCUGGCUGCUCGCGCGUCGCAGAGGUCUGGUUAGUCACCAAAAAGCCACCAAGCAUGGUGGAGUGUGAGCCAGCUGAGGACCCGGACUUCCACGGCCAGUAAGAAAACCAACCAUGAAGGGGUUUGUCGCUGUUCUCACAUUUGUGGCCUUCGCUGCUGUUGGCGCAAAGCCCAAUGCGGGUCUGAAGACGUGGAGCCGCUUCAGUAAACUUCCCUAUCCGGGAGACAAGGCUUUUCUCUACGACACGUUCCCCGGGGACUUCAUAUGGGCCGUGGGCACAGCGGCGUACCAGGUGGAGGGCGCGUUUGAGAAGGACGGCAAAGGGCUCUCCAUCUGGGACACUUUUACGCGCGGAGGGAACCGCAUGGCCACCGGGGACGUGGGCAGCGACAGCUACCACAACAUCCACGCGGACAUCCGGGCCAUCCGCCAGCUCGGGGUGACCCACUACAGGUUCUCCUUGUCCUGGUCCAGGAUAUUUCCGAACGGGACGCGCGGGAGUUAUAACGACAUCGGCACCAGCUACUACCGGACGCUCAUCAGGAGGCUGAAGGAGGUCCGAGUCCAGCCGGUGGUCACGCUUCAUCACUGGGACCUGCCCGAGCAGCUGCAGCAGACCCUGGGCGGCUGGAGCAACCCAGAGAUCGUGGGGAUAUUUGAGGAUUACGCAGAUUUUUGCUUCCAUGCGUUUGGGAAUGAUGUGAAGUUCUGGAUCACCAUAGAUAACCCGUUUGUGGUGGCGCAGUAUGGCUACGGAACCGGGGUGGUCGCUCCUGGGAUCAAGAACGACCCUGAUCUCCCUCUCCGAGUGGGACAUAACUUACUUAAAGCCCAUGCAGCUGCAUGGCACCUCUACAACCACCGCUAUCGGCCUCGGCAGCACGGGAAGGUCUCCAUGGCUCUGGCCUCCCACUGGAUCAAGCCCAGCCGUACUCGCCUGGAAAGCCUGCGGGAGUGCCAGUGCUCCCUGGACCAUGUCCUGGGCUGGUUUGCACAGCCGCUGUUUGUAGAUGGAGACUAUCCAGCCUGCAUGAAGGAGAGGCUGGGUUCACGGCUCCCCUCCUUUACCCAGGAGGAGAGGGAGCAGGUCAGAGGAACAGCUGAUUUCUUCGCCCUCUCCCAUGGAGCUACCCUGAGCUUCCAACUCAUCAACGACAGCCUGAAGUUUGGGCAGCUGGAAGAUCUGGACCUGAGGAUGCUGCUCUACUGGGUCAACGAAGAGUAUGACAAGCCACCCAUCUUUGUGAUGCAAAGCGGUUGGUAUGUCCUCGGUAACACCAAAACGGAAGAUCCGAAACAAAUGUACUACCUCAAGAGGUUCAUUGCAGAGACACUUAAAUCGAUCGUCGUUGAUGGAGUGAAUGUGAUUGGAUACACAGCCUGGUCCCUGAUGGACGGCUUUGAGUGGCACAGAGAGUACGGCAUCCGACGUGGACUUUACUACGUCGACUUCAACACUCCUGACAUGAAGAGGGAGCCAAAAACGUCCGCCACCUUUUACAGAAAUGUGAUUCAGAAAAACGGAUUCCCUGAACUUCCAGAAAACAAGCCGGCACAAGGAGUCUUCCCAUGUGAUUUUGCCUGGGGGGUUUCAGCCAACUCUAUACAGGUGGAGACAGCUCCCACCCAGUUUGCAGACCCUAACAUUUACCUCUGGAACAUCUCCAACAAUGGGGAGCUGAUCAAGCUGCAGGGCUUCAGCUCUCCACCUUUGCACCGAGCCACACACUGUGCUGAUUACGCCACCGUCCGUCAGCAGGUGGAUGAAAUCAGGCAGGUGGGGGUGAACCACUUCCACUUUUCCCUCAACUGGUCUGCUUUGGUGCCUUCAGGGGACGUGAGUCAUCCUAACACCACCCUACUGGGGUACUACCGCUGCUUCACUCAUCAGCUCCUAUUGGCCAACGUGACCCCGGUGGUGACCCUGUGGCACCACACGCGACAGCGCAGUGGCCUCCCGGCACCACUGGACACUACCAACAGGUGGCUGAACAGGAAGACCCCAGAGGCCUUUGCUAAUUACGCCAGACUCUGCUACAGGGAGCUGGGGGAAAAUGUAAAGGUGUGGAUCACCUUAAACGAACCCAAUGAUGAGAUGGUGAGCUAUCAGGAGGGCCAUCAGAUGCUGAGGGCACAUGCGCUGGCCUGGCACGUGUACGACCGCGAGUUUAGACGUACGCAAGGAGGAAAGGUGUCUCUGGCUCUGCACAUGGACUGGGUAGAGCCAGCGUUUUCCUUCAGCCGAGAAGACGUGGAGCCUGCCAAGAGGGUUUUGGACUUCUUUGUUGGCUGGUUUGCAGAACCGAUCUUUGGCAGCGGCGAUUAUCCUGCAGGGAUGAGGAGCUGGUUGCGUCAGCUCAACUCACUUGAGUUGCCAGUUUUCAAUGAGGAGGACAGAAAGCUGGUUAAAGGAGCUUAUGACUUUUUUGCUAUGAGCCACUUCAGCUCCAAGCUUGUGACUCAUGCCAAGGAGGACUCAUACACCUACACAGCGAUGCUCGAGGUGCAGCAUAUGAUCGACACCACGUGGAUCAUGUCUCCGAGGCCCGUUGUGCCCUGGGGUCUGAGGAAAGCCCUGAACUGGGUGAAGCAGCACUACAGCGAUGUACCGGUCUAUGUGAUGGCUAACGGGGUCCAGGAAGACCCGGCCCGUUUCAAAGACAGCCUACGAGUUUACUACCUCUACAGCUACGUCAACGAGGCCCUUAAAGCUUACAGUCUGGAUGGAGUGAACCUCAAAGGCUACUUCGCCUACGCCCUGAACGACCAAAGGGACCCAGGCUUCGGUUUGUACGGUCAGGUUCACGAAGAGGUCAUCGUCAAGGCCUCUCUUUCUAACUAUCGUAACAUCAUCCAACACAACGGCUUUCCCGUCCAGGGGGCUGCUCCCCAGCAGUGUCCCGCUUCACCUCAACCCUGCCUGGGCUGCCGAGUUCUGGCCAAGGGGCCCGUCGUGGCCUUCUUGACUCUGGUUGGUUCAGGAGUUCUGAUCACGUUGGGCCUCAUUAUUUAUUACAUGACCAAGAGACACAAAGAGUACUACUGACUCAGAAGAUGUGAAUGUUGGGGUUUAGUUAGUUACCACCAUUAAAUGUCUUCUGCUAUUUUUAUUGUGUCCGCUUCAGUAAAUGCCACAAGGCCACAUAGUACCUGGACUACUAACAAAGGGAAUGAUCUUUAAUUUCUGAAGGAAAAAGCCUAAUUUUUUUGCCACAUGUUGAUGUGGUGUGAAAAUAUAUUUUUCUCCAGGCCUCUUUGCUGUUGGUCAAAAAUGUUUAAUUUCUGCAAUGUUAAAGGUGCACGAAGUAAGAAUGACAUCUUGUGGUCAAAUGUGGGUACUGCAGUCCAUGUAAAACAAUAGGCCCCGCCCUUCGUGAUUUUCAUGGCAUUUGCCAGUUAAGGAUAUGAGCACCAGAAGAUUCAAGAUAACGAGCAAAGAUUAAUCAAACUCAUACGUUGAUUAGUAGAUAAACAUUUCUGUAAUAUCGAGUUGUUGGUAAUUGACAAAGAUGCAUGAGAUUUGUUUAGAUUUGUUUUUUCUCUAAAUCUCCAUUGUUAACUCAACGUUAUCCUUCUUUAUCUGAUAUUAGAAUAAAGCAAAAAAGAUGUUGUGGUUUGCA